CCUCCGAUUCAGAAAGCAAAACUCUGCCUCUGCUCUGCUCUGCUCUGCGCAGCUUCCUCUAGGGUCUCUGUUUACUUCAAUGUUAUGUCCCAGAUUGGAGCUGACUUUCAACAGGUUGUAGGCUUUGGGCAACAGAUUUCUUCAAGGACCCAGGCGGGCCCCACUUCCAGCACCCUUGGCUCAAGAUUUUUGUAGAUGAGUCUCACAGACCUGUGCCCUGGAAAUCGAAGCCUAAUCCAGGCACCACCUCCCUCUUAUCCAAGAUCAACAGGGAAGAGGCCAUAGAUGGAGACCGCGGUCCUACUAGCCUUCUUCCUGCAAGGGGCCCUCACUCUCUCACUGACAGACAAUUCGGUCCCCACCUUACGCUUUGUGGCUGUGGGGGACUGGGGAGGGGUCCCGAAUGCCCCUUUCUACACAGCCAGAGAGCAGGCAAACGCGAAGGAAAUUGGGAGGACGGUGGAAACCCUGGGAGCCAACUUCAUCCUAUCCCUUGGAGACAACUUCUACUUCACUGGUGUUCAGGAUGCUGAGGAUAAAAGAUUCCAGGAAACCUUUGAGGAAGUUUUCACGGCCCCCUCUCUUCAAAACAUUCCCUGGUACGUGCUAGCUGGAAACCAUGACCACCUGGGGAAUGUUUCAGCUCAGAUUGCCUACUCCAAAGUCUCCAAGCGCUGGAAUUUCCCCAGCCCUUAUUACCGUCUCAGAUUCAAAGUCCCCAAAACGAAUGUAAGUGUGGCCAUUUUUAUGCUGGACACUGUGACACUAUGUGGGAAUUCAGAUGACUUCCUGAGUCAACAGCCUGAGAGACCCAAGGAUUUGAAACUGGCACGAAGCCAGCUGUCCUGGCUAAAGAAACAACUAACCAAUGCCAAAGAAGACUACUUAUUGGUAGCUGGCCACUACCCUGUGUGGUCAAUAGCUGAGCACGGACCUACCCAUUGCCUUGUAAAGCACUUACAGCCUCUGCUGGUCAAGUACAAGGUCACAGCUUACCUGUGUGGCCAUGACCACAACUUACAGUACCUCAAGGACAAGGAUGGCGUGGGUUAUGUGUUGAGCGGGGCAGGAAACUUCAUGGACCCCUCCAAGAAACACCAACGUAAGGUCCCUGAUGGUUACCUGCGUUUUUACCAUGGGGCCCGAGAGUCCCUGGGUGGCUUCGCUUAUGUGGAAAUCACCUCCAAGGACAUGAGUGUCACUUAUAUUGAGGCCACAGGCAAAUCUCUCUAUAAGACAAGUCUGCCCCGUCGAACUGUGCCCUAGACCCUCUCCCCUUACAUUGCCCAACACCUCUCACAUUUGGACUGGUAGGCUGGUCUUCCUUGGGGCUAGGAAUAUGCAAAAAACUAACUCAUCAAUCCUGGUCUCCCAAAAGGCUUUGCUGGCUAGUAGGUGGGAAUUGUCUAUUACUUACAGAAGUAGGGAGUCCCACUUGAUUAGUCUAGGGGGAGGGCACAGGUUUACAAAGAACCUGGAAGAGCUUUUGGUCCAGGAGGCCAAAGCUCAGCACCAACUGAUGUGAUCAUGCCAAUAUGGAUGAGGAACAAACAUUUCUAAAGAGUAACUUUUCACUCCUAUGUGAUUAUCACUCCCAAUCCUGAUCUUAAGGAGAAACUGGGACAAAGGGAACUCUCUUUCCAAAGAAAGAUAUUUUCUGUUGUUGCAUUUCAAUAAAAUGAUUGUUACAAAGGCUAAA